GACUGGAGCUGCUGCGCUGGCCAUAACAGAGUGACCUAGUUGGUAUUGGUUCCCGUCUCGGCGAUGGCUUCCUUCGUGACGGAAGUUUUGGCUCACUCGGGGAGCCUGGAGAAGGAGGAUCUCGGCACCCGGAUCAGCCGCCUGACCCGGCGGGUGGAGGAGAUCAAGGGCGAGGUGUGCAAUAUGAUCAGCAAGAAGUACAGUGAAUUCCUGCCUAGCAUGCAGAGUGCACAGGACCUGGUUACGCAGGUGGAUACAUUAUCUAGUGAUAUUGACCUUCUGAAGUCCAGGAUAGAGCGUGAGGUCAUUCGGGAUCUUCAUGUAUCAACUGCUGAAUUUACAGACUUGAAACAACAAUUGGAAAGAGACUCAGUAGUCCUAAGUUUGCUUAAACAGCUACAAGAGUUUUCUACUGGUAUUGAAGAAUACAAUUGUUCAUUAACAGAGAAGAAAUAUAUCACUGCUGCUCAACAUCUGGAAGAGGCACAGAAAUGCUUGAAUUUAUUAAAAUCCCGAAAAUGCUUUGAUUUAAAAAUGUUGAAAUCUCUCAGCAUGGAGCUCACAAUACAGAAGCAGAACAUACUUUAUCACCUUGGGGAAGAGUGGCAGAAGUUGAUUAUAUGGAAGUUUCCACCAUCAAAAGAUAUCAGCAGCUUAGAAUCUUACCUGCAGACGGAACUUCACUUAUGUACUGAACAAUCCCAUGAAGAGGAGAAGACCCCUAGGCCAUCUAUCAGUUCUGUCCUCUUGGCAUUUUCUAUUCUUGGAGAACUACACAUGAAACUUAGAUCAUUUGGUCAGAUGCUGCUGAAGUAUAUUCUUAGGCCUCUAGCAUCUUUUCCAUCCCUUCAUGCUGUGAUAGAAAGCCAGCCUAAUACAGUUACUGUUCGUUUUGAAUCUGUGAUGACUGACUUGGAACAUCCAUCACCAUCUGAUGUUUUUGCAAAGAUCCGAUUGGUAUUGGAAGUGCUCCAGAAACAGCUUCUAGAUUUGCCCAUUAACAGUGACCUAGAAAGAAAAACACAUACAAUCAUAUUGGCUGAGAUGCUUGGUGAUGUGAUCUGGGAGGACUUGUCUGAAUGUCUCAUCAAAAACUGUUUGGUUUACUCUAUUCCAACAAAUAGCAGCAAGUUACAGCAGUACGAGGAGAUCAUACAAUCUACUGAAGAAUUUGAAAAAUGCCUAAAGGAGAUGAGGUUUUUAAAGGGAGAUACUACUGAUUUGCUGAAAUAUGCUCGUAAUAUCAAUUCUCAUUUUGCUAAUAAGAAGUGCCAGGAUGUGAUUGUGGCAGCCAGAAACCUAAUGACCUCUGAAAUUCACAACACUGUGCAGAUUACUCCAGAUUCUAAGAUAAGUGUGCCAGAGUUACCCAGUCCUGAUGAGGAUAACAAGCUAAAAGUACAGAAAAUGUCCAAACUUCAGUACAACGAAACAAUGAACUUAGAGCCUGAGAAUACAUUGGACCAGCAUUCCUUUUCUUUGCCUACAUGCCGUAUCAGUGAAUCUGUGAAGAAAUUAAUGGAACUUGCCUAUCAGACUUUACUAGAGGCAACAACCAGUAGUGAUCAAUGUGCUGUCCAGCUUUUCUACUCAGUGAGGAAUAUCUUCCAUUUAUUUCAUGAUGUUGUACCAACAUAUCACAAGGAGAACCUUCAAAAACUUCCCCAGUUGGCUGCCAUUCACCAUAAUAACUGCAUGUAUAUUGCUCACCACUUGCUGACCCUGGGGCAUCAGUUCAGAUUACAUCUUGCCCCCAUUCUUUGUGAUGGCACUACUACUUUUGUGGAUCUCGUACCUGGCUUCAGAAGACUUGGAACAGAGUGCUUUUUGGCUCAAAUGCGGGCACAGAAAGGUGAACUUCUGGAAAGAUUAUCAAGUGCUAGGAACUUUUCAAACAUGGACGAUGAAGAGAAUUACUCUGCAGCAAGUAAAGCAGUCCGGCAGGUACUGCACCAACUCAAGAGACUUGGAAUUGUGUGGCAGGAUGUCCUUCCAGUGAAUAUAUAUUGCAAGGCUAUGGGGACUUUACUAAAUACAGCAAUUUCUGAGAUCAUCAGCAGAAUCACUGCCUAGAGGUAAGGGCCAUUAGAUGACAUCUCUACUGAAGAUGGUGAUAGAUUAUAUUCCUUAUGCAAAACAGUGAUGGAUGAAGGACCCCAAGUAUUUGCACCUCUAUCUGAAGAAAGCAAGAACAAGAAAUAUCAAGAAGAAGUUCCAGUCUAUGUGCCAAAAUGGAUGCCUUUCAAAGAAUUGAUGAUGAUACUACAAGCUAGCUUGCAAGAAAUUGGAGAUCGGUGGGCAGAUGGAAAAGGACCCCUGGCAACUGCAUUCUCUUCAAGUGAAGUAAAAGCUUUGAUUCGUGCCUUGUUUCAGAAUACAGAAAGAAGAGCAGCUGCCCUUGCUAAGAUUAAAUAGCUCUUCCUGAGAAAGCCAUAUUUGACUAUGGAUUCCUGUGUGGAUAUAAUUACUGUCUUCAAGACUUCUUGGAGUCACGCAUUAAUUUUGGUGAACCAACAUAUCAUGGAUGUUUGACUUUGCAUAAGAAUGUCUUACCUCCUGGCCUGUGUGAGGCUUUGUUAAAGAACUUGAUGUUACGAUAUCAGUUUGAUCCACAGCACUGUAAAAAAGAAAAAAAAAAAAAA